CAGCGCGACGGGAACCACGGCUGGCACUGCCCGCGUGCCCCUGGGGAAGUGCGGCCAGCUCCUGGGCGUUGGAGGGACGGCGGGGCCCGGGCCCGGCUCGCAGGGAGCCCGGGGCGCCGAGCCCGGUCCCCGCGCGGCCCGCCCCUCGCUCAUUUGCAUAGGGACGCGCGCGGCGCCGGCGAGCGGGAGGGCGGGCGCGGCCGGGGAGCGGCGCGCGCGCGCCCUGACAGCUCGGCCCCGCUCGCUCACUUGCUCGUCCCCGGCUUCCGAGCACAGCAUGGCGGUCAAGGUGCAGACAACCAAGCGAGGUGAUCCUCAUGAGUUAAGAAAUAUAUUUCUACAGUAUGCCAGUACUGAGGUUGAUGGAGAACAUUACAUGACCCCGGAGGACUUUGUCCAGCGCUACCUUGGACUAUAUAAUGAUCCGAACAGCAACCCCAAGAUUGUGCAGCUCUUGGCAGGAGUAGCUGAUCAAACCAAGGAUGGGUUGAUCUCCUAUCAAGAGUUUUUGGCAUUUGAAUCUGUUUUAUGUGCUCCAGAUUCCAUGUUCAUAGUGGCUUUUCAAUUGUUUGACAAGAGUGGAAAUGGAGAGGUGACAUUUGAAAAUGUCAAAGAGAUUUUUGGACAGACUAUUAUUCAUCAUCAUAUCCCUUUUAACUGGGACUGUGAAUUUAUCCGACUACAUUUUGGGCAUAAUCGAAAGAAGCACCUUAACUACACGGAAUUCACACAGUUUCUCCAGGAGCUACAACUGGAACAUGCAAGACAAGCCUUUGCACUGAAAGACAAAAGCAAGAGUGGCAUGAUUUCUGGUCUGGACUUCAGUGACAUCAUGGUUACUAUUCGGUCUCACAUGCUUACUCCUUUUGUGGAAGAGAACUUAGUUUCAGCAGCUGGAGGAAGUAUAUCACACCAGGUUAGCUUCUCCUACUUCAAUGCAUUUAACUCUUUGUUGAAUAACAUGGAGCUUGUUCGUAAGAUAUAUAGCACACUAGCUGGCACAAGGAAAGAUGUGGAAGUCACAAAGGAGGAAUUUGCCCAGAGUGCCAUCCGCUAUGGACAAGUCACCCCACUGGAAAUUGAUAUCCUGUAUCAGCUUGCAGACUUAUAUAAUGCUACAGGGCGUUUGACUCUGGCAGAUAUUGAGAGAAUAGCCCCAUUGGCUGAGGGGGCCUUACCUUACAACCUGGCAGAACUUCAGAGACAGCAAUCUCAUGGUCUCGGCAGGCCUGUCUGGCUGCAGAUUGCCGAGUCGGCUUACAGGUUCACUCUGGGCUCUGUUGCUGGAGCUGUGGGAGCCACUGCAGUCUAUCCUAUCGACCUGGUGAAGACCCGCAUGCAGAACCAGCGUGGCACUGGCUCUGUAGUGGGCGAGCUGAUGUACAAAAACAGCAUUGACUGUUUUAAGAAAGUCUUGCGCUAUGAGGGUUUCUUCGGACUGUACCGGGGUCUGAUACCACAACUUAUAGGGGUUGCUCCAGAAAAGGCCAUUAAGCUGACAGUUAAUGAUUUUGUUCGAGACAAAUUCACCAAAAGAGAUGGCUCCAUUCCACUUUAUGCAGAAAUCCUUGCUGGAGGUUGUGCUGGCGGCUCUCAGGUCAUCUUUACCAACCCCCUGGAAAUCGUAAAGAUCCGCCUGCAAGUAGCCGGGGAGAUCACCACUGGGCCCAGAGUCAGUGCCCUGAACGUGCUGCGGGAUCUGGGGCUGUUUGGUCUCUAUAAGGGUGCCAAAGCGUGUUUCCUCCGAGACAUUCCCUUCUCCGCAAUCUAUUUUCCUGUUUAUGCUCACUGCAAACUACUUCUGGCUGAUGAAAACGGACGUGUGGGAGGUUUAAAUCUCCUUACAGCUGGAGCCAUGGCAGGUGUGCCUGCUGCUUCUCUGGUGACCCCUGCUGAUGUCAUCAAGACCAGACUGCAGGUGGCUGCGCGUGCUGGCCAGACCACCUACACUGGGGUCAUCGACUGUUUCAGGAAGAUACUCCGGGAAGAAGGGCCCUCGGCCUUCUGGAAAGGGACUGCAGCUCGAGUGUUCCGGUCCUCUCCCCAGUUUGGUGUUACCCUGGUUACCUACGAACUUCUCCAGCGGUGGUUUUACCUUGACUUUGGAGGCCACAAACCCUCCGGCUCGGAACCAACGCCUAAAUCACGCAUUUCCGACCUUCCUCCUGCCAGCCCUGAUCACAUUGGUGGAUACAGACUCGCCACAGCCACUAUUGCUGGCAUUGAGAACAAGUUUGGCCUUUAUCUCCCCAAAUUUAAAACCCCUAGUGUCUCUGGGGCCUACCCAAAGGCAGCAGCAGCAGCUCAGUGACGAGACGACCCCUGUCAAGGCUCAGAGCAGCUCUGUAACCAUCCAGUCAGCUGCACGGCACCCACUGAGCUGAGGAGUCAGAGUACUCUUUCUAUAUGACAUAUACAUAUAUUUGUUUAUAAGGUAAUCACCUAACCAGGAAAACAAAAAAAGAAACGAAAAACACAGCGCAGUUUCAAGCUUUAGUCUUAUGUGUUGAAAUGUUUUCUAAGCCUUGGCAUGAGUUAGUGUUCUAGACUGCUUUGCACAGCUCGCACUUAACCGUGACUGUACAUAUUGUACAUCUUUGUACAGAGACAUCUUGGCACCUCAUCCCAACAAAUCACAUUUAUAGAACGUAAUGCAGUUCUGAGUGGCUUGAGAUGUACAGAAUGUUUUGAAAGUGUUUUAUUAAGAAUCACAUAAAAAUAAAUGUAUUGAAAUGAAAUUCAUUCUCUUCUUGGCGACUUAUGGAAAGAAAGCAUCAAUUCUGGAUGUAUUGACUUCCUAGUUUGUUUGUCUGGAAAUAAAGGGGGUAUUUGCUGCUGAGGUGUGAUGAGAACUAGCACUGACACCACUGCGGAGAAGAUCUUUUGGAAAAAAAAUGCAUAUGCCAGUGGACGCAGAGGACCAGGCUGAUGGCUGUGGGUGAUGAUGCUAUGUUUGUACUUAAGAUGUGUGUGGAGAUCUUCAUCAAAAGGCUCCUUCCUGUCAGCGUGAGCAUGGAAGCAGGCUGGACUCCAGCAUCACACUGGCUUUUCCCUUCCCUUGACAUAUGAAGGCAAGGAUCUGGCCUCCAAGGAUUAAGGAACACUUUGGCAAUUUUCCUUCAUAUGGCUAUGAUUCCAAUCAAAAUAAAGUACACACCAAAAUCGA